AGCAACGUGGCAAGGUAAACCAACAGACUUAGAAAGGAAAGUAGUUUCCUUUAAAUAAUAUUUAAGAAGAAAAAACGUAAAUAUUGUUAUAGAACGUAGCCCCAGGGACUAAGAUGGGCUCGAAGGAAGACGGGGAAAGUGUUAACGAGCUCAAAGACCAGAUACGCCGACUAACCAACGAAAAUGUCCAGCUGCGGGACAAGAAUGAGCGACUGUUUGGCAAACUGGGGGAGCUGCAGGGCAAACUGGGGCAACUGGCGGGAUCCAAGACUGACCUGUCUUCCAAACUGGUGUUCAGUGAGGAAGAAAAGCUCAAGAUCUCCAAGGACCUCAUCGACCUACAGAUACAAACCAAUAAGAUGAGGGAACAGUAUGAAGCAGAGAGUUUUGAGCUCAAGAACAAGAUCCUGCUUCUGGAGAACCACAUGCUGGAGCUGGAGAUGGAGCGAGAUAAGCUGGCCCGGGACAGGGAGAUGGUUAGAGGGCGUCUUCAGGCAGUGGAGAAGAACCACAAGGAGCUGGCUGAUGAAUACAUUGUCCUGAAGAGCAACUACCUGGCACUGAGCAAGGAGCACGAUGACGAGGUAGUGAAGAAUGACGAGCUGGGUUUCGAGCUGCUGAGCCUGGCAAAGGCCCAGGACAUCCUCCUGAAGCAGCAGGAGAGCCAGGAGCAGUCCCGGGCAGCAUACACAGAGGCAGCAGAGGAGCUGGCGAGAGUGCGGGCGCUGGUGAGCCGCCUCUCCUCUAGGAGGAUCAAGCCAGAGGAGCUGAUGGCUUCUGAACCUGAGCGAAGGAAACUGGAGAGAAGUCUGCUGGGUAACCAGGAUGAGAUCAAAGAUGAGCUGGAGAAAAUGAAGAAGAACUAUGAAGGGCAGCAGCAUAGACUGGAGGAGAAAGUGGUGACAAUGGGCAAGGAGCUGCAGGAGAACAGGAGAGCAAUCCGCAACACGCAGCACAAGUUGGCCCAGCAGUCUGCGGCUCUGCUCAGCUCUCAGAGUCAGCUAAAGGAGGUCGAGGCAGAGAACUCGGGGCUGCAGCUCCAACUGAAGGAGCUCAACGAAGAGUAUCGCGCUCGGCUGCUUCGCUAUCUCCAGGACAUCGCGGAGUAUGUAGAUGGCUCAGUAGGUGCAGGGGGAGGCCGGCAGCCUCUAGAGCGCUCUCAGAUGAAGAGCUUUGUGGAUAACAUGUUGAAGGACGUCAAGGCCUCAUACAAGACCAGAGAGGAGCAGCUCGCCAGUGCUGCCCGGGGGUACAAAAAGAGACUGCAGCGCCUGCUCAGAACCCAUGAAAGCUUGCUCAUAGCAUACAGAAUGCAGCGAGAGCAGAUCCUGGCACUAGAGGAGCACAGCCUGGACCCCGGCCCACCUGAAUCCCACUUCAGUGUCCCUGACAACGAACUGCAGGAAGAGAAGGGCCGGGAGCUGCAGAGACUGCGAGAGGACAAGGCCAGGCUAGAGACACAACUGAGAGAGGCUUGUGAGCAGAAGCGAGUUCCCGAGAGCCAUGGCACACAGGUUUCCUUCCAGGCAGGGCCAGGAGGAAAAGUUACCGAAGAUGCUUGGACUCAUAUCAGGAAGCAGCUUAGAGAAUUCACCCACUCCACCCAGGAGGACCUUGAAAGAGAGCGCGCACAGCUGAUCACCCGGGCAAUGGUUGCUGAGGAGCAGGUCUUAGAGCUUCAGGACUAUGUGGAUAAACACCUGGCCAGGUACAAGCAAGAAGUUGUUCGUCUGCGGAAGCUCUUGGGCACAGAGACAGGGCGCGCACUGAGUGCCGACGCCCCUGACCCCCGCUUCCUGCACCGCUCCAAGAGAAACACCAGCUACGAGCUCUGACACCAGGAGGUGCCAGUGCCACCUAAACCAAAACUCCCAUUUUAAACAAUGGUGCUUUAAUCUCCAUUUCUGUUAUUAAACCUGGAUCAUAUUCUUGGAUUACACUUUAAAGAAAUUAAAAUCUCGAAAUCAAUGUGGCCCCUUACUGUAUGCUUGAGUUUCACCAAAUAAUGAACAAAUAUUGUAUACAUAUAUUUUAGUAACAUAUAUGAUUACACUGCAGUAAACUAGUCCAAAUUGACCUAUGAUCUGAUAAACCUAAAACCUGUAAAGUACAUGAUCAUAACAAAAUACCCACUGUAGCAACUGUAGAAACCAAACUUUAUCAGAAUUCUUUUGUGUAAAGCAUUUACUGCUGCAAUUUUAUUCAAAUAUUGAUUAGUGACUUUUGAUGAACUAUAAAUUUGAGAGAGCAUAAAACAUAGACUUGACAAGGCAAGUGGUUCGGAUUAGAUAGUCCACUGUAUACUGCUGUUGGUGCAGGAUGAAUAAAAUAGUU